CUAGGUACACUACUUGCAUCGCAUAGCCGCCAUGGAUUUCCAUCGGUUUGUUUGGUGGGAAUGGCAACACAAGAACUAAGCUGCCAUGCCAUUUCGAGGCUUACCUUGGGAGCAGGCGCGGGAUGUGGCUGCAGGCACCCUGUUAGCUCAUGGUUUUGAUCCACCAUGGAGGUUUCCAACGGUCAACGAGCUGAAGUGCAAGCUGGGCUAUGGCUGUGAUGGCUCUGGGCCCAUCCAAAGUGCUGCGCAGAAAGCGGCGGAAGCCGCCGAGGAGCAGGCCAAAAUUCAAUCUUCUAAGCUAGCCAUGACAGACUUUGAUGCCAAUGGUCGCUACAAGGGUCCACCUGGCUGGCCCUAUGGAGUCGUCAAAAAGGUGGAGAAAGCGGUGUGGACGCCGAAGGAUGUGGAGGAGCUGAAGGCGAAAUUGCCUGGAUACAAGAUCAAGGGUCCUGGCUCGCGCGCCAUUUGUAGUGGCCAGGGUCGUUUGGAGGGCCAGCGCUUGCGGCUGCUGGAAGUUCGCCGGGGUGUUCGGACGGUGGAGGAGGCCGCAGGGAUUUGUGACGACCUGGAAGAGUGCACGCACUUCUCCAUCACAGUGGGUCCCGAAUACCCCAGCACUGACGAUUGGGCCACAGGAGUCCCAUAUCGAGCUGAGUUCUGCCGUGGUCCUAUGGUAACCAUACUGGAUGAUACCAACAGCCACUCCUUUGUCGGCAUCAAAAAGACCUGGGUCAGGGACCAUGACGUACCGCCCCCCAAGAUGAUCCCGCGCAUUCCGUUGCCGGAUCAGCCCUUGGAAGCCUAUGGCCGCGAUGCGGGAUACUAUCGCUCCAUGCGCGCAAAUAUGAAGAAGUUGGAAGAAGCCAAAAAGCUGGAUCGUUUGCAAAGUGAAGCGAACCAACUGACGGCCAUCCAAAAGAAGGAGCAAGCGGAGGGUGUCAAAGCUCAACUGAAGUCAAUGGAGCAACUGGCGCCGCUGAUUGGACCGGACUGGACCUUUUUGGAGCGACGAGCCAUGGGCAAUGCGUCCAAACUCAUUGCAAGCCUGGAAGACCUAGCGGGACCUAGCAUGGAUGGUGUGCUCACCACCGACACCGGCGGCUGCCAAACUGGUUGGGGCACCCGAUCAGCAGAGUUGGGCUCUACGGAAGAUGUGCCAUUCAGUGGCGAUGCCGCGAUGUCGUCAAUGAGGGGAAUUCCCCUAGAGUUCAGGGCACUGGCAAAGACCCACGGCCGCGACCAUGGCAACCAAGCGCAGACGGAUCCGCCUGGAUUUGGGGUCCCAGUUCCAGUUGCAAUGCCCGUGUUGCUACCGCCCGGGUGUUCCCUUUUGCGAAGCUUGGCAGAUAGCUGCGACCCUGAGAGCAGCGCGCAACGCUUGCAAGGUUUGAGAGCCUUGAUGAAGGUACAUCAGUUGGAUGCCUAUCUGGUUACCAGCCAGGACGCUCAUAGUUCAGAAUAUGUUUGCAGCGCCGAUGAACGGAGGAGUUUUCUGACUGGUUUCUCUGGGAGUGCAGGUAGUGCUUUGGUCACAGCUGAACAGGCGCUGCUGUGGACCGACAGCCGCUAUUUUCUGCAAGCCGAAAAGCAGCUGCAAGGCACUGAGUGGCUGCUGAUGCGCCAAUCGCAGCCGCAAGUUCCCGACUUUUCGGAUUGGGCACUGGAGCAUUUGAAGGACAAGACCCUGGGCGUGGAUCCCAGGUUUAUCUCCUUUGAACAAGCAGAGGAAUGGUCCGCCAAGUGGAACUCCGCCGUUCACUUGAAAGAGGUGAGUUUGAAUCUGGUGGAUGCUAUUUGGACCACGCGCCCGGAGGAUCCCUGCAACGUCUUGGAGAUUCAUCCUCUGCAUCUGGCGGGCGAAAGCGUGGACAGUAAGCUCCGCAGGGUCAGGGAAGCGAUCCAGGAGCAGAAAGCGAGUUGCAUCCUGUUGAGCGCUCUCGAUCAAAUCGCAUGGCUCUUUAAUCUGCGAGGUUCAGAUAUUGAGUACAACCCUGUGUUCUUCGCCUAUGCAGCGGUCUUUCAGGAUUCUGCCGUGCUUUUUCUCCGUGCCUUGGACGAGGGAAGGCCUGGCGUUUCCGAGGAGAUCCGGACGCUUCUCAGCCAGGCGAAGGUGACGCUGAAGCCUUACAGCACGUUCUUCUCCGAGAUGGGAGCAGUAUUGAAACCCGAUGAGAAGGUCUUUCUGGAGGCUCACUCGUCCUCGCUGGCCGUAAUGAGUUUGGUGCGACCUGAUUUGCGAGUCAAGGGCAUCUCUCCAGUAGAAGAGUUCAAGGCCUGCAAAAACGCCGUGGAGAUUGAAGGCCUGAAACGAGCGUGUAAACGCGACUCCAUAGCUCUUGUCCAAGUCCUUUCGUCGCUGGAGAAGCAACUAGCAGCCAAUGGAGCUUCAGCAUCAUUGCUCAAUGAAGUGGACGUCUGCGAAAUGAUCACCGCCUUUAGACGAAAACUGGAGCUUUAUGUAGGUCCCUUGGUGGGAAAAAUGGUCCCCUUUAAGGGUGGCAAAGAACAUGGGAAAACCCAAUUUCUACGUGGGAAUCUUCUACGUGCGAAUAUAUAG